GCCUUCCUUUUCAAUUCAACAUGGCGGAGACUGCCAAAGUUGCCCCUGGUAAAGGCCCAUUACAGUCCGUUCAAGUCUAUGGACGAAAGAAAACAGCCACGGCUGUUGCCCAUUGUAAGAGAGGAAAUGGACUGAUCAAAGUCAAUGGCAGACCCCUGGAUCUUCUGGAACCCCAGAUUUUGCGAGCAAAGCUUCAGGAACCAUUGUUGUUGUUGGGGAAGGAACGGUUUGCUGGAGUGGAUAUCAGGGUCCGUGUGAAGGGAGGAGGACAUGUGGCUCAGAUUUAUGCCAUCAGACAGUCCAUCUCCAAAGCUCUCGUUGCCUAUUACCAGAAAUAUGUGGAUGAGGCGUCUAAGAAGGAAAUCAAGGACAUUUUGAUACAGUACGACCGUUCCCUGCUUGUGGCAGACCCCAGACGCUGCGAGCCUAAGAAAUUUGGUGGACCAGGUGCCCGCGCACGCUACCAGAAAUCUUACCGUUAAUUUGUACUUUAUUUGGUAAUAAAUCUGGGAUGCCACAGUGAAGAGAA